AUGCUGCUUGCCUGCGUUACUGGUUCCUGCGCUUCUGAACCCGCGGUAUUUCCUGCCUUUCUUGAGAAAAAGUGCCAUGUCUCUGCCUAGAUCUUUUCUGUGACCUCCUCGACUCUUGUUUACUUGUUCGGCGCUUUCCACGCUUCCGGCCGCAUGGUGAUUGACUUCUUUCCAUGGCCGCCUGUCAUUUCGAUACGCAGCGCAGUCAAUGAGAUUGCUUUCUUUUUGUUUAACUCGAAGCUCUAUUUUUGUUUUUAUUGUUUUUUUCCGAGAGUAGCCCAGACCACCUAGACUUGAUUUUGUGACUUCUCUGUUCCUCCCCCUCCCCUCUCCCUCGCUCUCUCCUUUGGUAUUUUGAAGGCCUUAUGUGCAUAUCUACAAUGCUAGAGACAGAAAUCAAAAAAUCACUGUAGUUUUCUCGAUGGUCUUCAACGUGUCUGUUGCCGUAACCGUGAUGGGGUUCCACUCGGAACACAAGUGCCGGUCUUGCAACUGUUUCUCCUAUCCAUAAGCCAUUACAACGGACGUUGGCGACCUAUGAUAUUUCUUCCGUCGCAAUCGUUGGUGUCCACAUUCACCAAAUUGUGAUUUGAAAAGUCAAGUUGGCAAACACGCGUUUUCGGUAAUUCUUCGUCAGGCCAAUACAAUUACAUGAAGGAAUGAAAAUGUACAAAAUCAACAGUGUUUAUAGAUGUCUCGAGGGCUAUUAAGCCAUUAACACUCAUCAUCCCCACGCCGCCCGCAUGACAAGGUCGGCGGGUGUUAGUCCUCAUAGCUAGGGCAGGGGGGAUAAGAGAGUAUUUGAGUGAUGUUCUUGGAUUGAGUACACGGAGUAGCCACGAAUGAAUGAAACGUUUCGAUGGUGGACGUUUAGGCGUGAUGCAUGGUGUCCUAGGGGAUUUUUAUCAACUCCAAACCCCGUGCAUAUGGUGGAGCGAUUUUUGGUGGUAUUUUUCGUCGGGUACAGCCUGAUCACUGCGCUUUGGGUGUUCUAUCUGGCGACCUGGUAGGUGGGAUAUGUCCAGAAACGGGCCUAUGGCAGACGGUUAACCGUGUGCCCUAGCGAUCGGGGCUGGUGUGCGUAUUCGGAUUUCAAAGCCACCGCAUGGAACGCCCGCUGCUUACCGCCUCAUGGUAGAGCCUUAGGCGCCGCAGCGGUAGGCCGACAGACUCGGUGCCGGGUCGGGUCUUUUGGUGCUAGGUUUGCGUAUCUUAGGAUGAUGGCGUUUAUUUGACCGUGGCGACGCUAUUGCCCCAGCCAUUUGCUCUGAGAAUGCGUCGAUGAUAUUGUACUUCAGUAACUUUGUUUUUCUGUUCACUGUAGUGCGUAUUAACGCGACUGUCGCAUGGAGGGAAAAGUGUACUAGGAAACUGUAAUUAUAACAUCCUAAUGGGGUUCGUCUGUAUUCGGUGCAAUGAACUUCGAAUGGAAAAUUCUGGACGAGAUGAUCGAUUUCUCACAUACAUGGACCAGAUGAACUCGAGGGGACAGCACACAGUGCUAAAAACUUCAGGAUGCUUGUUACACGCCGCUGUAGUGAAUCGACUGCCACCACAUUCGAGAACACACUACUGGCAUUGGGACGAAAGAAAAAUGCUAACAGAGAUGCAGAUUUAUCGGUAAAGUUCAUGGCACUGCGAACCGCACAAGCCCAGGAAACUGAGCAAACGUUAGUACAUUACCUCUCGUCAAAACCACUUACUGUGACCCAAAGAAAAGUUCUACAACGUGGAUCUGGUUUUAACACAACUGACGCCGACCCGGUUAUCUUCAUUGCUUCUUUGGAAUAGGUGCGUCGUCAAACCGGCGCCAAAGACGAGGCAAAGGACUUCCUUCGACAUCAAGUCUCCUCACUUCUCAUGUCGCACCGGAAAACCCACUCCCUGAUAAGAGAUGAACGAAAGGCCCCAAGGGAGCUGAAAGCGGACACCGAAAUAGUUAUUCUGCCUGCUGACAAAGGCCGAUCAACCGUUAUCCUGGACAAGGUAGACUACCGACACAAAGCCCUCAUGCUCGUCAACGAUCGGGAGUCCUACAAAGUCAGCAACGCCACCAGUCCAAAGUCCCUAGUGGCAAAUUUUAACAGAAUUCUGGCGCGACUAAAGAAGGAUAUGGUCAUGACAGUUGAAGACUGGUAUAUGGCAAAGUCUGCAGAAACCGCUAUGGCGAGAUUCUACGGUCUCCCAAAAGUAUACAAGUCAGGUGUUCCCCGCCGUCCAAUCGUCUCACCCCGAGGCACACCCGCAUAG